AUGGCGACUAGCAACCCGGCAUUUGAGGGUGAUGAGCCAGCGGUGGUGGUGACGCAUCAGCAGCCAUCGGUCACGGGAAGGACCUCCGGUAAGGCGAGUGACCCUCAGAAUCAGGCUGAACACGCACUGGAAGCCACACUCGAGAUGAACCUCGUGAAGAACAUGCACAAGAAGCAACGUGACAAAUGGGGCAAAGACGUCGAGUUCCUGUUGUCCUGCAUCGCGCUCUCGGUAGGGUUAGGAAAUGUGUGGCGUUUUCCCUUCACGGCGCUUGAAAAUGGUGGUGGUGCGUUCGUGAUACCGUACCUAAUCGUACUGCUGUUGGUUGGAAGGCCCAUCUACUAUCUCGAGAUGUUGGUAGGACAGUUUGCGAGUCGUGGGUGUAUCAACGUGUAUGAUGCUUCGCCGGCUAUGCGCGGUAUCGGUGUUGGACAGACGUACUCGACGUUCAUCGUGAUGACGUACUAUGCGUCGUUGAUGGCCGUUACCAUGCGCUAUCUGAUAGCGUCCUUUGGCGAUCCGUUGCCGUGGAGUGCGUGUGAUGAUGCGUGGAAUGCGACCUGUAUUGAUUCGCGGUUGAUCACGAAUAUGGCCGAAAACUCGACGUCGACGGCCGUUACAUCCGCGGAGCUAUUUUUUGUCAAAGACGUACUUAAAGAAGCCAGCACCAUACACGAUGGUAUCGGCACACCCGAUUGGCGACUAGUGCUAUGUUUGCUCGUUCCGUGGACCUGCAUCUGCCUCACAAUGAUCAAGGGCAUUAAAAGCUCAGGAAAGGUAGCUUAUUUCCUGGCCAUUUUUCCGUACGUCGUCAUGCUGGUGCUGUUGGUGCGAGCUUGCACGCUAGAGGGAGCCGGCGAUGGCAUGCUGUACUUUAUCAAGCCCCAGUGGGAUCGCAUUCUUGAGGCGAAGGUUUGGUAUUCGGCCGUUACGCAAGUGUUCUUCUCACUCACGAUUUGCUUCGGGAACGUGAUCAUGUACUCGUCCUACAAUCGCUUCCACAACAAUGUUUAUCGAGAUGUGACUAUCGUGUCGAUAAUGGAUACGAUCACGUCAAUGUUAGCUGGACUGAUCGUGUUCGGUGUGAUAGGUCACCUGGCACACGUGCUGGAAGCACCGAACAUCAAUGAAGUCGUCCGAGGUGGCGCAGGACUCGCCUUCAUCACAUAUCCUGACGCGAUCGCCAAAUUCACCUUCUGGCCGCAGUUCUUCGCGAUCGCCUUCUUCCUGAUGCUGUUCGUCCUCGGCAUCGGUAGCAACGUCGGUAUGGCCACGACCAUUAUGACGGUGAUACGUGAUCGCUUUCCACAUCUUCAACCCGCAGUGGUGGCCGUUGGAAUCGCACUGGUUGGGUUCGGGAUCGGGAUCAUCUACACCACACCCGGUGGACAGUAUUUGCUGGACUUUCUGGACUUCUACGGUGCGUCGUUUGUCGCCCUUGUGCUGGCCGUUUUCGAGAUGAUCACGUUCGCGUGGAUCUAUGGUGUGAGCCGGAUUUGUCGCGAUAUCGAGUUCAUGCUUGGUAUUAAAACCGGCCUUUACUGGCGUGUUUGCUGGGGCAUUAUUACACCGGUAUUGCUGGCCGCGAUCCUGCUUUAUCACGUCGGCACCUACGAGACGUUCACCUUCAACGGCUACGUCUAUCCGACUGGGAUGUACGCAUUCGGAUGGUGCGUCUUCGCCGCGGGAGUUUUGCAGUUGCCCGCGUGGGCUGUAUAUACGUUCCUCAAGCGGAAAGAGCCCGAUUGGCGGGAUCGACUAAUUCACUGCUUUAAACCAACGCACGAUUGGGGACCAGAGGACCCUGAACUGAACGCCAAGUACCACGAGUCCGUGUACAAGUACGAACAAUCACUGCCAAAGGACCGAUCGAUAGCGAGGCGAAUGUUUGACAACGUUUUCAGCUAAGAACUGUCCUGCACAGACUCGAAGAGUUAUUUUUUUUCAAGAUCACAUCGAUUAAUACUGUAGAGUUAUGUUUGUACUAGCCAAACUUCUUCUUAAAACAUUACGUUUUUACAGGUAGUUAUGUAAGCUUACUUUAGCGAAUGAUGCCACUGAUGGUUAUGUAAUCUAAUCGAAAAAUAAUAUGAAAUUAAGAGAUCAAACGAUAUUGUACAAUCAUUUGCAUUUCAA